CAAGACACAACAGACAGUAUAAAUAUUUCGAUGCGCAUCCAAUCCACGGAAACACAACUUAUCUGUCGAAAAGGAAAGGAACUACUUUCUGCAACAAGUGUUUGUGUAAUACUGACAAAUCGUUUCAACUGGACGGAUAUAUUUGAAAGAGCUUUGUAAGACGAAUCAUCAGACAACAAUGGGCAACCAACUGAGCACCGACACGCUCUGUUCUACGGACUCAGACGGCCAUAGUUACUGGGUCGGCAUCGACUGGAAAUCUUUCGCAAAGGGAAACCGGAAGAAGUGCUAUCAGGGCUGCUUGAACGGCCUUGGACCAAGGUCAGGCGAGACGGUAGUCGUGAAGGCCUUCAGAAAUCAACUUCGGAGCCAGGAAGCGUGGCAAAAUGAGGAACUAAAAGGACAAUCGGCCAAUCUCUUCCUGGACAUGUUCAACAGUCAGUACCCUGGACGGUGGGACAUUAAAAUCAACGUUCCAAUCGUGGCUCUCAUGGACUCUGUGUCAAAGAUAAACGACAUCUUGGGCUACCGCAGCAGAAGUAGAAGCCUAAACGAUAAUGAAUGGGUAGGAAUAGAAGAACACAUUCCAGGGAAGUUUACACGCUUCUGCGUGACGAACACAGAAGGCGAAUACGAGAGGGGAAUACUUCUGGAAGCCUUCUCCCAUUUCACGUAUCACCAGUCACGGGGGGCCCUUGUCAUCUGCGAUUUCCAAGGAGUCCAACAGGGCGGGUCGUACCACGUGACCAUUCCCGUAAUCCAUUCGCAGAACGAAGAGUUCGGCCGUACAGAUCUUGGUGCGCACGGAAUCAACGAAUUUUUCAAGACACAUCGCUGUAAUGAUCUGUGUAAGAAAUGGUCCAGGAUGCAUCCACUCUCGCCACCUCCGUCGUUUGAAAACAUAUACGAGCCGCCUUCAUUCCGAGCCAUUCCUUCAGCUCCACCUGUUGAUUGUGAUGGCUGAAUUAACUGUGAGAUUGAUGCUUGAACCUUCUGCUGCAAUCUCAAUUGCCCCAAAAAAGUUCUCCUGGCACUGUCGAAAUGAUCGUCGGUUCUGUGUCAGCUGGGGAAAGUCUGUGUUUCAUUACGUGAGUAAAAUACCAUACAAGGUGUGGAUGCUGUAUGUAGGCCACGGAAAAAGAUGUCAGACCCACAUGCAGAGAAACCUCGUUAGUUCGGACCCCGUUAAUACAGAAACCCUUCCUUCCGGACGAUUACUGCUGGUAAAGCCUUACAAAUAAACACAAUCUCUGUACCUUUGUAUGUGUUAAUCCAGACAUUUUCAAGGAUUACGCUUACAGUCCAGAUUGACGUGAUUUAAAUGAACUUGUUUCAUUAGAGAUCAUAUUAUAUGGUUUCUUCUUCACGAACUCUUGCCAAAGGACAGCGACCUCAAUGACGAAUAGGUCCUCGGAAAAGAAAGAUAGAGACAAUUUGUUCCAAGUAACAUUGUAUAUAUAACUGGUGCUUUUACGGACGCUUCUAUGUGUCAUCGUGAUACUAUGCAACAACUGAAUUCCGAUUACAUGUUAGUGUGUGCAAGUCUCCUUUAGCUUUGUCCUUUUUAUAGCCCUCUUUUCUUUUAAAUAUUUUUGGGCCAUGGAAGUAGACCUAGUCUUUUUUUAAAAAAUAGCCUGCUUGACUCUAGAUGUGCAAUAUUAGUUCUCGUGUACCAUGCUAUAUUUCAAGGCUUUGUGUACCAUGCUAUAUGUUCAAGGCUUUUUGUACCAUGCUAUAUGUUCAAGGCUCUGUGUACCAUGCUAUAUGUUCAAGGCUCUUUGUACCAUGCUAUAUGUUCAAGGCUCUGUGUACCAUGCUAUAUGUUUAAGGUUUUGUGUACCAUGUAAUAUGUUCAAGGCUUUGUGUACCAUGCUAUAUGUUCAAGGCUUUGUUUACCAUGCUAUAUGUUCAAGGCUUUGUGUACCAUGCUAUAGGUUCAAGGCUCUGUGUACCAUGCUAUAUGUUCAAGGCUUCAGUAGUACCAGCUAGUCCCUCAUUUAAUACGCAAAUGAAAGCUAGUGAUCACUGGUCUGUGUUUGAAUCACACUAGGGCCUACCGUGUAAGUCUAGCCAUGCCUUCUUCGCUGUAUCUAAGGCUGUCUAAGUAUAAUAGAGCUUAACUUGCGCCCCCUAUCAACUUGUUAAAAGGAACGUACUGGUGUCAAGAUUAAUGUCUCAAAAUAACUCAUAAUACCACAGGGCUUCAGAUAAUUUGUUUAGCAAUUGGGAACUGACUCACAAGUUAUCAUUCACAUUGGGUAUUGCUUGCUUUACUUUCGGUAUUCAACAUAUUUUUACAAAAUAUAUUUUGUGCCUUUUUAUUGGGUAUUUUUACACUAAUAAGAAGACGUUUUGUUUUAUAAGUCUGAUUAAAAUGCUGUUUCAGAUGACUUCUAAGUUGCAUCUAUUCGUGUGCUGUCUCAAAUGUGUAACUUGUCUCAUAAAGGCAUAUACAUAUCUAAUUUAAGAUCUAUAAGACUUAAUGUAUGUGUGAUGCUUGCUUUCGAUCAGUAAGUAAAUGUAACAUAGGAUACAUAGGAUGGUAACGCCGAGUGUUGUAAUACUGAUAUACUUAAUUUAUCAUGCGUAUUUGUACCAAACAACUCAAAAUGUAUUGGGUAAUUGUGAAACAUUAACACUUCACACUGAUUACCUUCAGAAUACCACUGCCAAUGCUUUAUACAAUAAAUGUGUUCACGGAUCUAUGCAAAAGGGAUAUAAUAGUAUGCCCUUUCGUCAUUGCAUUAUUGUCUAUGUUGUUUCUUCAUUCUUUGUUGUAUGGUAAUAUUUGAUUUGUAAUAAAAGUAUUUUCGUCGAA